UUUUUAAAACCAUUCGAAAUCGUAUUUUUGUGAGUUUUAUUGUCUUUAUUCCCGUUCAGAACAUCAGCACAUUGUAAAGUAGCAGAAUGAAAAUACGUUAGUAUUAUUACAACGUCGAAAUUAUUGGAUUUUAAAAAUGUGUGUCUUUUGAAAAAGUGUGUUAUGUUUCACGUUUGGCGGAUUUUAAUGAUUGCGCGAUAAAAUGUGUUUUGAUUGAAGUGUGAACUCAAAAUUUUAUGCUUUGUGCUUUCGAGUGUGAGCACGCUUGAAAAACGGUAAAUUUACAAUUUCGAAUCAUUCGAUUCUCUUUUGAUGUAAAAUGGCAAAAAAAUUUGAUUAAACUGUACCAAAUGUAUGUGACAUGGAAAAAAUGUUUGAAUAGAAAGCGAUAGCAAGUAAAUACCAUUUUUUAAUAUCGAUAUUAUAUUUUGCCGUAACAUUUUUUACAAAAACCACAAGACAGCGUGUGGAUAAAAAAGAGGUGAAAAAUUGACUAUCGAUCGAUUGACAUCGCGUGUAUUUUGUGGUGUCGUGCAUAUAAAAGAAAUCUUCUCACCUAUGUAAGAUGUUCUCAAAAUGAAUAAAGUUAUUGUCUUUUGUCUUUUUUCUUCUCUCUUGACGUAAAAUACCGAUAAACAGCAGUGAGUGAAGGUCGUGAAGAGACAUAGUGAGAAAAUGCUAUAAAAUUUGAACCAAAAACACAUAAAAUAUACACAACUUUUGAUGUAAUUGCGUAUAGACUGCUAGAGUGUAUUUAAUUGAUGAUCAAAUGAAAAAUAGGACGUAAAGCAUUUUAUCCAGACAAAUCUAGCCAUAAACAUCACCACUUGCAUGAGCGAAAUAACGAAAACAUUGAAUAAUUUGUGUAUAUGAUCGGCCAAAACAUUUUGCCACUCAUCGUCAAUGGUCGUUAUUUAGAUACGGCUAAACACUAGCAGAAAUCAAGAGAAAAAAACCUUGUUUGACAGGUGUAUGCUCGCUAAAGUUGCUAACGAACUCAGAGGAACAGAUAUAUUUUCAGCAAAAAAAUAGGGUUUGCGAAGAAAAAUUCAGCCGGAACUUCACAAUGAUAGAUUUCGAAGCUGGUCGUCUAAUGAAUUAAGGAGUCAACAAACAAAGGAAUAUGGAAUUAAAACAAUGCAGACGGAAAUACUGAAUUUGUGAUAUUAUUCAAGAGUGGAAUAUAUACUUUAUACUUGCGUCACCAAUUACCAAGUGCUGAAUUAUGAAUAAUUUUUCGGCUUAACUACGUAACAAAUUGAAUUAACGCGUCGUCGUCGACAAAAACACAACCCAAAAACUUUUUUUAUUCAAACAAAAAAAAAACUUUCACGGGCUAUACAGAAGGAAGCAUUCACUUUGCAGCAGAAUAGUUUUUAUCAUUUGAGACCGGCGCUAAAAUUAUCACACCAAUGAAUUUGCAAUUUAAAUCGCAUGCAAAUUGAUGUUCGCAUUAAAAUAAAUCUCUUCAUCCCCUAUCGCCAUCUUCAACAACGCACAGAGUACGACGAAGCCUCAUCAUUUAUUCUCCCAGUUGAACAUUUGCAGUGUGAGCGACACAUAUAUAAAUGUGAUUGUUGGAGAUUUGUUCUCAUUCUCAGUGGCACACAACAAAAGACAAUCGCAGGCGAUUCGAAAUGUUGAAAUCAAAUGAUCACGAUGAGAUAACAAAGGCGUCAGCACCGGAGUUAAGCAGGAAGGUGAAGGAUGAUGAGUUCGGUUCGCAAAGGGUUUACAAGAAAACAUCGCCAAAUUCGGUGUUGACAUUGUAUCUCGGAACACGCGAUAUAAUCUGUCGUCAAGGAAAAACCGAGCCACUAUUGGGCGUUAUUUAUGUGGAUCCAAAAUACGUAGGCAAUCAUAAAAUUUAUGGACAGCUUACGUUAACAUUCAGAUACGGACGUGAAGAUGAAGAAGUAAUGGGACUGAAAUUUUGUAACGAAGCGAUAAUUGCGUUGAAACAGAUAUGGCCGACAAGCAACGAAAAACAGCUAUUAUCUCCUUUGCAGCAAGCUUUAGUCGAUCGACUAGGAAAAACUGCAUAUCCAUUUUCGUUGGAAGUGGCUAGUUUAGCACCACCAAGCGUCCAGCUGGUCCCGGCCAAACGAUAUACAGGCGCGCCCAUCGGCACAUCGUAUGACAUUCGUGUACAUUUGGCUGAUCAAGGGGAAGAUCGUUUAACUCGUCGGUCAAUGGUACGUUUGGGAGUUCGUGUGAUACAUAAAAUAACAUCAGAGGCACGAGCACAGCCAAUCAUCGAACCAAAUCCUCCAACCCUAUCUAAAUCACUUCGUUUGCGUUUGUCACCAAAAGCACUGAAAUUAGCUAGUAAAUUUUCAACGAGUGUGGACGAAAAUCAACAUCGAGCACUGAAUGGACAACGAAGCGGAAGUGGUGGUCUCGAUUCAAUGUCACGCAUCGACAACGAUAAACAUUCAACAGCUCUGUCAGACAUCAGACAAUCGACACUAUUCACAACAAAGGGACCUGAAGCGUGUGUUGACAAACCAUUUCUAUGGACGGAAGGACGCGUUAGGCUACGGGCCGCAUUAGAUAAAUCCGCUUAUGUGCAUGGUGAAAACAUUAAGGUUACCAUCGAUGUGAAAAAUGACAGUCGAAAAGUUAUACGAAAAAUAAGGGUAUUUGCCGUUCAGCAUGUAGAUGUGUGUAUGUUUAGCAAUGGAAAAUUUAAAAAUGUUGUAGCCGACGAAGUUGAAAAUCAUCAAAUUAAACCGAGUGAUCCGUAUCGAAAAGAGUACUUGCUCUUGCCAAAGAAAGGACCGACAAAAAAUUGGAUUGCGGUUGAAGGUAGCUAUAAUACUGCGUAUAGCUUGAACACCGGAUUAUUUUCGCAUCAAAAUUCAACGGCAGAAUCAAAUGACCAACACAAGCAGCAGCAGCAGCAACAACAACAGCAACAACAACAACAGCACCAGCGUGCAGAAGAUAACAUGAAAAUAGCAUCGAGUGCACCGCGUGGACCACAAACGUUUGAAGAGAGAAACGUGUUUGCAAUUUAUGUAUCGUAUUAUAUUAAAAUUAAGUUGACAUUAAGUGGAAUGGGUGGAGAGGUGGCAUUGAAAUUGCCCUUUAUAUUGGGCCAUGUUGAUGACGAAGAUGCGAUAGAUAGCCGUAAAAGUGAAAAUACUAAAAUAUCGGAUGGCAUGCGAUCAAGGACGCCCACCGACAUCGUCGGUGAAAUUGUCGAAGAAGAAUGCGGUCAAGAUGAAAUGGUGCACGAAACAAAGGAGCAUACACAACAUAAUAUCAACGAUGACUGCAAUGAAAAUGCUAAUCAAUGUGAUACUAUUCAAUUAGAGAAGCAACUGAGAUUUUCUCAUUUAAACACCAAUGCAAAGAUAAAUGCCAACAGUAACGUUGUUCGUACCCAAAGUGUCGCUGCCAAUUUUGAUGAUGACGAUGACGAUGAUGACGACGAUGCUGCCAAUAAUAAAAGUUGUCACAACAUAAUCACCGCACAAAUUCACACCGAAAGUCAACCGAACCAAUCGACCGAACCAAUUCCAAACUGCUAAUAUUAUGGUAAAUAAUCACCAUUUGAUCUCGCCUCUGAUGUAACAAUGAAUUAAUGCUGCCGAUGAGUUCAAACCAAAAAUAAAUACCAUAUUUGUGCAUCUGUUUGUCUCAACUAAAUGAUAACAUAGAAACUAUGCGUCAAAUGCCAUAACUUCAACAAAAACAUGAUCUAUUCCAUGUGUGACACAUUUUGUCGCAAUAGCAUUAAGUUUAAUAACAAAUAAAUCCUAUUAAUGUGUAAAUAUGAGUUAAAGAUUAAAUUUUAAUGGUGAUUUAAGUAGCACAUAAUCACAAUAACACAUUUCCAUUACCAUUAUUAUAAUAUAUGGACAUUUAAAAAAAAACGUUCUCAGUAUUAUGAUUUCAAUUCUUUUUCUAUUGUCAAACAUGUUAUAACACUUUAAAUGUUCUAUAUGUCACUAUACGGGCUCCUUCCCUUCGUACUACCGUUGUACUGUUCUCAUGAACGCACUGUUUAUUUUCCGUGGCCGAUUGUUUGUUGGCUGUUGAAAGUUCGGAUUGUUACGGAAUAUUUCAUGAAUGGUAUUCCAUUGUGCGGCAUCACUGUGAUAAGCUGCUAUCUGACGUUGAAUUUGUCCGAACAACCACAACGAUUCGAACCAAUGAUCUUUUACAAAAAAUUUCAUGCAUUUUUCGCGUCGCCAUCCAAUUGCGACCAGAUCAUCCAAUAAAAUAUUGGCCUUUUCUAUUCUUUCUACAUUACCAUUCGUCAAGUCGUUGGAUCGAUAUGCUAACAUUUUGGCAUUUCUGAUGUCGAUGCAAGGGGCAAACUACUUCACUUUCGUAAUUCUUAUAAUUCAAUCUAGUACUCCGAUAAUUCCAAAAAAUUCUAUAUAAUUCCAUACAAUGUCGCAUAAUUCCAAACAGUUUUUGAAGUAUUUUAAAUAGUUGUUUAUUUACACAGAAUUUUUGUAUGAAUAAUAUUAUUUCAACGAUAAUAUUUUUUGAUAUUUUUUUAAUUUUCAUAAAUAUAUUUUUAUGCAAGUAUAUACAACCGAAACCAAACUAUUUUAUUUACUGAACGAAUCGUUUCGAAAAUUGUUUGCACUGCGAUGUGCAAUUUGCAUAGCAGCGACGUUGUAUACUCAUACAUUCAAAGCAUCGCUCUUCACAUACACACACAUUGUCGUACAAAUCAUUUUCGGAACGUUCCCUUCGUUUCGAUCACACACAAAUGAAACCAAUUCAAAAUAACUCUCCGAAAUCUGUUUGUAUGAGAAAUGUCAAACCGGUAUCAUUGAUGUGAUAUACAAGUAUGAAAAUAUAUUUAUGAAAAUAUAAAAAAUAUCGAAAAAUAUUAUCGUUGAAAUAAUAAUAUUCAUUUAAAAAUUCUGUGUAAAUAAACAACUAUUUAAAAUAGUUCAAAAACUGUUUGGAAUUAUGUGGCAUUGUAUGGAAUUAUAUAGAAUUUUUUGGAAUUAUCGGAGUACUAGAUUGAAUUAUGAGAAUUACGAAAGUGAAGUAGUUUGCCCCUAGUGUCGAUGCCAUCAAAUCUCGGACCAUUGGUAUUGUGAUUGUAAUACCAGCAUCGCAUUCGAAAGAAUGACUCAAGUCGAUCUUCACACCAAGUGGUGAGACCAGUUUUCGUAUUUGCGAUGUGCUGUUUGACAAAAUAACGAAAACCAUUCUCCAACUUUUCCUUGCUUGGCCAUUCGAACUGUUCAUCACUGAAGUUUUCGACCAUGAACCGAAACUCUGGCGGUAUGGGAUUUCGGCUAUUAUUAUUGUAAACAUUUUCGGCCAAUACCGCAUUGAAGCAAUCGAAGAAGAACUGUCGACGAUCCCGUCGCAAAAAGAACUGACGAUCUUCAAUAUCGAGUGCUUCAUUCACCUUGAUUAAAAUCAAAAGUGAGGCCAAUGAGGCAACUUCCGUCAUUUGAAGACUGCGCUCAAACAAUAUUUGCGUCACAACUGCUGCAUGCUCGGGUCGAAGUAUUGUUUGCAAUCCACAUUUUAUUGCAACGAAAUUAUUUUCUUCUUCUCUUUCAUCAUCGUAUACCGGCGAAUCGUUGUUAUCUCUUUUUCUUUUCAUUCUCGAAGAACUGAUACAAAUAAACGAAAAUAAAAAAAACACACAAAUUUAGAAAAAGAUGCACCAAAUAUAGCAUAGAUCACAAACACAAUAAGAUAAAAACACUUCUAUCACAAAUCAAAUGAAACAGUAAUGAAAAACGCAUCAUAAAUAUCACGUCUUACCUCAACAAAGUGACUCUGUGUUCUAAAUCGAAUUAUGAAAUUUAUUUUCAAUGUUGUUGGAAUAUUCACAGUAAAUUUUAUCAACACUCUGUUAUUUCGAAAUCAAAACAAAAAUGAACACAAAACCAACUGUGAAUAUAUCCAUUCCUCAGCGAACAGCGUUCCGAACACACAAAAUCGUUGAAAUUGAAAUGACAAUAAAAUCAGUUGAUCGCCCAAACCACGCUACAAACACUCACAUCUAAUUCUCAAGAAAUCCUCUUAAAAACAAAACAAAGUUUUAUUGUAAACAAAAUCGGUUGGUGCGAUUGUAGUUUCAAAGUGAUGGAAGUUGUUUAUACUAACAAUACUGUCACACGAUGCGAGCUCAUUUUUUAUAUAAAUGAAUAUCGUUGGAUUUGGUUUGACACAUAUACACCGCGCCAAUCGAAAAAUGUCAGAAAGAUGUUAGUUGCAUCUCGAACAUUGAAAAUACUAAUUCCAAAAAUAAAGAAAAUUAAAUGCAAUAAAUGACGUAUAAAAAAAUAGUUCU